AUGACGCCAGCGGAUCACCGGCUCCGUCGUUGGAAUCUCCUCGGGAGCGGCGGCAAUGCCGGCAACGUCGGUCAAGCCGGCGCUCAGUUCCGGAACCCGGAGCCGCUCCAGGCUCGCCACGGGAAUCGCCAGGCCCAAAGCGGCUUCUCAUUGACGCCGCUCCACGUCGUGAAAGCCAUCCGACACAGUGUGAUCAAACUGACUGUGUCCUGGCGCGUCAUGUAG